UCAAAAUUCUGGGGUUCCUGUUCUUUAAAUUGCGUUCCAUAACUGGUUUGGAAUUGUGAAUAAUGGAGAAAAGCAUGGAAGAACCCGAGCAGAAGAGAAUAGUGGUGGGAGUAGACGAUAGCGAGCAGAGCGUAUACGCCCUGGAAUGGACUCUCGAUCAUCUGGUCGUCCCCUUCAUUCAUGCCGAUCGUCCGCCCUUCAAGCUUUUCCUCGUCCACGCCCGCCCUACUGCAAUAUCCGUCCUUCGCAUGGCAGGCCCCGGGGCAGCGGAGGUUCUGCCAAUGGUGGAACUGGAUCUGAAGAGAAUCGGCAACAGGUCUUUGGAGCAAGCAAAGGCUCUCUGCCAUAGCCGAUCGGUGGAUGAUGUAGAAAUAGAGAUGGUUGAGGGCGAUGCGAGGAACGUGCUGUGCGAUGCGGUGGAGAAGCACACGGCAGAGAUGUUAGUGGUGGGUAGCCAUGGAUAUGGAGCUAUCAAACGGGCUGUUUUGGGAAGUGUAAGCGAUUACUGCGCUCAUCAUGCCAAGUGCACUGUUAUGAUUGUAAAAAAACCUAAGCACUGAAUAUAUUAAUUUGUUUUAGCCUAAAUUUUCCUUGGGGUUUUAUUUGAUAAAUAAAUACUAUUGAUCAUUAUCACCA